AUGAGUGUCCUCGUUCUACCUAAGGUAACCGUCAACCUACCGACUUCAUCGAUCAGCAUUGAGGAGUGGAACGUCCCAGAUGGAGUCGAAUUGGCCGAUCCAUCGUUCAAUGUGUCCCUGGGUGUGGACAUGGUUCUGGGAAUUGAAUCAUUCUUCAAUUUCUUUAGAAGCGGGCGGCUGAUUUCGUUGGGAAAUCGACUGCCGGCUCGUAAUGAGUCCGUUUGCGGUUGGGUCGUUUGUGGAGGAACAUCGGUUUCCAACCAAUCGCUGAACAUGAGCUGCAAAGUGUCGGCUUCAGAAGAUCUUGAAGAAUUAGUAGCCCAAUUUUGGUCCUGCGAGAAGGCCGGAGUUACCGAAAACUAUUCGCCACAAGAAGCACGUUGUGAGGAGCACUUCGUUCGAACGAGCACGGAGCGCAGGUUAGCGAAGGAUGCAGAGCUCCGUGGCCAAUACCGCUCUUUCAUGGAGAAGUAUCUUCAACUCGGCCACAUGACCAAGGGCGGGAUCGCUCAAAUUCAACCAAAACGCUGCUAUCUACCACACCAUCCGGUAGUUAAGCAUGCCAGUACUACUACCAAGGUGAUGCUUGUGGCGGACGUCGAGAUUUGUCUUGAUCCAGAUCCGUCGGUAAAAACGCUUGGCCUAACUUGGAUGCCGGGUACUGAUACUCUACGAUUCCAAUUCAACGUCCUCCCACCGUUAGAUGAAGCAGAAACUCUGACCAAGCGCAAGGUUCUGUCUAUUAUCGCGACCCCUUUCGAUCCACUAGGACUCAUCGGUGCUGCCAUUACGGCGUAUAAGGUGUUUAUGCAGAUGUUGUGGACUCUGAAGAACGAAGAUCAAGCACGCUUAGAUUGGGAUCACCAGCUUCCCGACACGGUGGGUGAGACGUGGCGAUCGUUCCAUUAA